AUGGGAUGGGGAACCCUCAUAACCAGGCGCCUCAAAGUUUUUUCCUUGGCGCUGUUCGUCUACUUCGACUACAAGGCUGUUCAGAAGAGAGUCCAGUGGGUUAGCGCUGUCAAGAAGAAUGCUAUAUGGGCAAAGACGCACGAGCGGAAUGCGCGUCGUGUUCUCAACCUGAUGAUAGAGCUAGAAGGUUUGUGGGUGAAAAUGGGCCAGUAUCUGUCCACAAGAGCAGACGUGCUUCCUGAGCCGUACAUAGAGGUCCUGAAGCAGCUGCAGGACUCGCUUCCUCCACGCCCUCUUGAAGAGGUUUGUGGAACCAUAGAAAAAGAACUUGGGAAACCCAUGCGUCAACUAUUUGCUACUUUUGACGUUGACCCUCUUGCGACCGCAUCAAUAGCACAAGUUCAUCGUGCAACUCUGGAAGACGGCAGAGAAGUGGUUGUCAAAGUUCAGCAUGAUGGUAUCAAAGAGAUCAUAUUAGAGGAUUUGAAGAAUGCAAAAUCAUUGAUCGAAUGGAUUGCAUGGGCAGAACCUCAGUAUGACUUCAACCCAAUGAUUGAUGAAUGGUGCAAGGAGGCACCCAAGGAACUUGAUUUCAAUCAUGAAGCAGAGAACACUAGGACUGUCUCCAAGAAUCUUAGUCGGAAGACCGAAGGUGGGAGUGGCAGUGUUUCCAGCGAUGUUGAUGUACUGAUACCAGAAAUUAUUCAGUCUACUGAAAAGAUUCUAAUUCUGGAAUACAUGGACGGCAUUCGCUUACAUGACAAUGAUUCAUUGGAAGAAUAUGGUGUUGAUAAGAAAAGACUCGUUGAAGAGAUAACCCGUGCUUAUGCUCAUCAAAUAUACAUUGACGGUUUCUUCAAUGGCGAUCCUCAUCCUGGCAAUUUUCUUGUAAGCAAGGAACCUCCACAUAAACCGAUUCUCCUUGAUUUUGGGCUCACUAAACGCAUAUCACAAUCAAUGAAGCAGGCACUAGCAAAGAUGUUUUUAUCAUGCGCUGAGGGGGACCAAGUGGCACUGCUGUCAGCCUUUGCAGAGAUGGGGCUUAAGCUGCGAGUUGACAUGCCUCAGCAGUCUAUGGAGAUUGCCUCAAUAUUUUUUCGCCAGUCCACUACAGCAACUGAAGCGAAAGAGAACAUUAAAGCAUUGAAUGAGCAAAGAGAACGAAACGCCAAAGCCCUUCAAGAGAAGAUGAAAUUGAACAAGAAGGAGGUUAAACAUUUCAAUCCUGUUGAUGCUUUCCCUGGGGAUGCGAUAAUUUUUAUGAGGGUCUUGAAUCUUCUUAGAGGGCUUUCAGCUUCACUGAAUGUUAGGAUAGUUUAUCUGGACAUCAUGAGACCAUUUGCUGAAUCAACUUUGCUAGGGAGUAUGACACGUGGGCCCUCAACUAAUAGCGAGUGGAUUUAUGACUCACCUGUUAACUCUGAAGUGGAGUCUAAACUGAGGAGUCUUCUACUCGAGAUGGGAAGCGACAAAAUUUUGGGACUACAAGUAUGCGCAUACAAAGAUGGAAAGGUCAUAAUAGACACCGCUGCUGGUACAUUAGGGAAAUACGAUCCACGUCCCGUUCAGCCUGAUUCUCUGUUUCCGGUUUUCUCGGUGACGAAGGGUAUCACUGCUGGAAUGGUACAUUGGCUCGUCGACCAAGGGAAGUUGAAGUAUGAAGAAACAGUUGCCGAUAUAUGGCCAAAAUUUGGGACUAACAAAAAGGAGCUAAUCAAGGUGCACCAUCUUCUCAAUCAUACAUCUGGUUUACAUAAUGCUCUGGGAGAUGUGGUCAAAACCGAUCCUAUGUCGGUAUGUGAUUGGGAAGAGAUGCUAGACCAGAUUGCCAAAUCUACACCCGAAACUGAGCCUGGUUCAUCACAAAUUUAUCACUACCUAUCCUUUGGUUGGCUGUGUGGCGGUCUCAUAGAGCAUGCAUCGGGGAGGAAGUUUCAAGAGAUCCUAGAAGAGGCUAUUGUUCAUCCUCUUCACAUCGAGGGAGAGCUAUAUGUCGGAAUUCCUCCAGGUGUUGAGUCUCGCCUGGCAACGCUGACGGUCGACAUGGAAGAAAUUCAGAAGCUACAAGGGAUCAAGCCAGGGCCAGACGUCCCACCGGAACUGCUGAGCGGCAUUGCGCAGAUGGCGGCUGGCGUACCAGCUAUGUUCAACACGCUGAAUGUUCGCCGCGCCAUUAUCCCCGCCGCCAACGGCCACUUAUCUGCCCGUGCGCUUGCUCGGUACUACGCGGCGCUGGCAGCCGGCGGUGCCAUCCCCCCGCCGCACUCCAGCAAUGCCAAGCCGCUCCUGGGCAGCCACGUGCACACGCCGGCAUUCCCCACCGCCGCCACGUCCAAGAAGAAGAAGAGAGGCUCGGCGAAGAAGAGUAGAGGAAGCUCGAGCUCGAUGGAGAAGGUCGAGUAUGCCCAGCUGCGCACCAGCGACGCCGACAGCGAAGUGUCGGUGGCGGCAUCAGGGAGCACCGGCGGCAGGUUGUUCAGCAACAGCGACAGCGGCAUCAUGGAUGCGUUCAUGGGCGUCGGCGAGUACUCAGGCAUGAUCCACCCGAACGGCAAGUUCGGGCUCGGGUUCAGGAGGUACGGCAGGUCCGGCGCGCCGCCGACGGGGUUUGGGCACUCCGGGAUGGGCGGGUCGAACGGGUUCUGCGACCCGGAGCACGGGUUCGCCAUCGCCGUGACGGUGAACAAGAUGGCGCUGGGGUCCGUCACGCGGCGCGUGGUGCGGUUCGUGUGCGAGGAGCUGGGCGUGCCGGUGCCCGACGAGUUCUCCGUCGCCGGGGAGAAGGGGCCCGACAUGGUGCUCAACCUCGCGCCGCCGGCGGAGUAG